AUGGUUGGUUCUGGCCAGUCCAUCUCCAAGCUCGCCAUUGACUUCAUUGUCAACCGGAUUCAGGAGUAUGCGUAUCCACAACGGUCUUCCCAGACAAUUCUGGGGACUCUCAAGAAGACCCUUGUCACCCGAGGUUAUGAGUUUGUCACUGUUUCCAAAUGUUUGCAGCUGUUAGAAUAUCUGCUACUAAACUGCUACCAAGAAGAAGACGGGGCCGUGAUCUUUGAUAUAGUGGACGAUAUCCGCGUCAAUCUGGACCCGUUGGCUUUGCUGAACAACUACCAUGUUGGUGUUUGCUACGACGGACUCGACAUGAACCACGAGAAACAAAUAAAGGAGAUGGCCAAAAACGUUGUAGAAUUGGCCACUGACGAUUCGAAACUCGCUAGAGAGCGCGAAAAGUACCGUCCCAAGAAAUCGGAGCGCCAGAACUCGGGAACGCUGUUCUACGACGAAGACCAGUUCGACCUGAACCAGUCGGACUCGCUCCGAUUGCAGGAAGACCAAAAUCCGUUCGGUAAGUCCACCAUCUCCAGUAUCUCCAGCAAUGUGGCCAGAUACCUGCCCAGCUCGCCCGGACACCGCAAGUCGCAGUCGGGCGGUAUUUCCCUGGCCUCGCAGAACUACAGCUACUCGACCUACCACGACCAGGUGGACGAAAACCACGAGUACCCAAGAGAACCGCAGCAUCGUGAUGAGUCUCCAGAUUCGCCAGGAGACCCUUCUCAAGGCCUCCUAAUCGAUUUGAAUAGUUGA